AUGAAACUGAACCCUGCAAAGUGUAGAUUCGCGGUGGCAUCAGGAGAAUUUCUCGGGUACCUAGUCACGUGUCAUGGGAUCGAAGCCAAUCCUAAGCAGAUAAACGCGUUAAUAGAGAUGGUCUCGCCAAAGACGAAACGGGAAGUCCAAAGGCUAACCGGAAGAGUCGCAGCCUUAAACCAUUUCAUCUCGCGCUCGACGGAUAAGUGUCUUCCUUUCUACGACACGCUGAAAGGGAAUAAGAAGUUCGAAUGGUCGGAGGAAUGUGAGAAAGCUUUCCAACAGCUAAAACGUUACCUGGCCACUCCUCCCGUCCUCGCAAAAACCAGUGGAGGGAGAACCUUGUUCCUGUACAUCACAGUCUCCACAACAGCGGUAAGCGGCAUUUUGAUUAGAGAGGAACGCGGUGAGCAAAAACCAAUCUUCUACAUAAGCAAAACGUUACUGGACGCUGAGACCCGGUAUCCCCUGAUGGAGAAACUAGCGUUCACUGUUGUGACAUCGGCAAGGAAACUCCGGCCGUACUUUCAGUCGUAUACCAUAAUAAUCCUCACCACCUUCCCCCUGCGAAUGAUCUUGCACAGUCCGAGUCAGUCAGGACUACUCGCAAAAUGGGCAAACGAACUAAGCGAGUACGACGUGGAGUACCGCCCAGGAACCUUCAAAAAAUCUCAAGUACUAGCGGACUUCUUGGUAGAAUUGCCCACGGGGGAUAUGACAAAAACGGAACCGGACUCAACCUGGAUCCUUCACGUCGACGGAUCAUCGUCCAAACAAGGAUCCGUGAUCGGAAUCCGGCUCACGUUUCCGACCGGCAAACUCUUGGAACAGUCGUUCCGAUUGGAAUUCCAUGCGUCGAACAACAAGGCCGAAUAUGAAGCACUCGUCGCAGGAUUACGAUUAGCCCAUGGGCUUAAGAUCCGCAACAUUCACGCUUACUAUGACUCUCAGUUAGUCGCAAAUCAGUACAGCGAAUACGAAGCAAGGGACGAAAGAAUGGAUGCAUAUCUAAAACUCAUCCAAGACCUCUCCCGAGACAUCAACCACUUCGCCCUCACUAGGAUUCCUCGCUCGGAAAACACUCAGGUGGAUGCCUUUGCCGCACUCGCAUCAAGUUCGGAUUCUGGACUAAGACGAGUAAUCCCCGUCGAGUUCAUCGAACACCCAAGCAUCGGACCACCAGUGGGCGCCAAUCUGAUUCGAGCACAAAUCAAAAAUGCGGAGGAAGUCGAAGACCCACCAGAAGAAAACGUGGAUCAGUCGGAAUACGGCUGCGACAGCCCAUGGCUAGAGCCAAUACGAGCAUACAUAAUCAACGGAACGCUUCCCACUGAGAAAUGGGCGGCCCGCAAAAUCAAGACCCAUGCCGCGCGAUAUGUAACGGUAGAAGGAGAAAUCUACAAAUGGAGAUUCUCCGGCCCACUCAUGACCUGCGCCGAAGGCGAAAAAGCAAGAAGAGUAAUGGAUGAGGUUCAUUCCGGAUCAUGUGGGAACCACUCCGGCGGAAGAUCUCUCGCCGUAAAAAAAAAACGUCGUGGUUAUUACUGGCCAACUAUGAUCAAAGACUGCGAGAAGUUCGCACGGAAGUGCGAAAAAUGCCAAAGGCACGCGCCGACGAUCCAUCAACCCGCGGAAGUCCUCUCGUCCAUCUCGUCUCCGUAUCCCUUCAUGCGAUGGUCCAUGGAUAUCGUCGGGCCAUUACAUGACUCGAAGCAGAAACGCUUCCUCCUCGUCCUCACGGAUUUCUUCUCAAAGAGGGUAGAGGCAGAUUCCUAUGCAAGUAUCAAAGACGUACAAGUCGAGAACUUCGUAUGGAAGAACAACAUUACCAGACACGGGGUCCCUUACGAAAUCGUGACAGAAAACGGAUCUCAGUUCAUCUCUACCCGAUUCGAAGCAUUCUGCGAGAAGUGGAAGAUACGACUGACCAAGUCGACUCCCAGAUAUCCGCAGUGCAAUGGCCAGGCAGAUACCAUCAACAAAACCGUCCUCGACGGGUUAAAAAAGCACUUAGAAGCCAAAAAGGGGCGACGGGCAGAAGAGCCCGAAGGAGUUCUUUGGUCGCAUCGUACGACCCCGAGACGGGCUACGGGUGAAACCCCAUUCGCCCUUGUUUACGGAACGGAAUGUAUGAUUCCCGCGGAAGUAGAAUUUCCCAGAGUACGAAGAAGAUUCCUCCCCGAACGAGAAGAUCUUAAUAGCGCGAUGCUGCUGGACGAACUCGAUCUUAUUAACGAGCGGCAAGAUCAAGCUCUCAUACGAAUCCAAAAUUACCAGCACGCCGCCGCAAAAUACUACAAUUCAAACGUUCGCCAUCGCAGGUUCAAAGAAGGUGACCUGGUCCUUCGCAAAGUCUUCCAAAACACUGCCGAACGUAACGCUGGAAAACUGGUAGCAAACUGGGAAGGUCCAUACAAGGUCAUAAAUGUAGUCCGACCAGGAUCAUACCAAAUCGCAAACAUGCAGGACGUCAAGAUCCAAAGAGCCUGGAACGCGAUGCAUCUUAAGAAAUACUACCACUAA